AUGUCGCCCAAUUUAUGCUGUUUGGCCAUUGCAAGGCGACUAAAGCCUUUUGGAGUGAAGAGACUGCUGUACACAGGCAGACAACCCAAACCUCAGGCUCAAGAGAUUGAUGGGGAAUAUGUGCCUUUAGACACUCUGGUGAGAGAGAGUGAUUUUGUGGUGGUAUCUUGUUCUUUGACUCCUGACACUCAAGGCCUUUGUGACAAAACCUUCUUCAGCAAGAUGAAGAAAACGUCAAUCUUCAUCAACACCAGCAGAGGGGCACUUGUGAAUCAAGAGGACUUGUUUGGAGCUCUCAGCAGUGGUCAGAUUGCAGCAGCGGGGCUUGAUGUUACAACCCCUGAACCUCUGCCCACCGACCACCCACUGCUGACCCUUAAAAACUGUGUGGUUCUCCCUCAUAUCGGCAGUGCCACCUACUCCACACGUGGUGUCAUGAGCAAACUGACGGCAAACAACUUGCUGGCAGGCCUGACAGGCUCUGAAAUGCCCAGUGAGCUGAAACUGUAGUGCUCUGGAAUUUAGAUGCCAUAUGUCGUUGUAUGCUACUGACUUUUGCAUUCAUAUAUCUAACCAUUAAAUCCACUGCAUUAACUAGAUGAGAUUAGAAAGGAUGAAACAUGUAUUAAAAUCAUCUCACAUGGUUAAUUUUGGUCAUGACUGGAACGAGAUGACAAUUUGAUAUGCUAAAC